ACAGAUUCCUUUUUCUGUCGAGUAACACAGAAUCAUUCUCCCUUGCUGUUCUCUACUACGCAUGCUUGUAUGGCCUUCUGUCUCUCUCUCUCUAGUAAUCAGUCAGUCUGAUUAUUAUGGAUUAGACUUUUCUUUGUUUUCUAACCUUAAACUCUCCUAAAUUCUUAUCUCCGUCUCACCCCAUCACGAAAAAGAAAACCUUCAUCGAAACCUUGGUGGUCGCCGGUUGGUUCCGGCAUGAUCUACGACCCUGAUUGAGCUGGGAGUCAAAAUUCGAUGGUUUCGCGUGGGAGUGGGACCACCUGAUCAUCAUCAUCGUAAAGUAAAAUGAAGACAAGGUUAUAAUUUAGUUGUCAGCUAUAAUUUCCACUGUUGGGAAAAUGCAAGAAAUUGAAUUCUGGAGCCAAAAGCUACUGCUGCUGGUCUUAGCAUGGUAUGAACAACCACCAAAAUGAAGUCCGCGGUUAAUUGCAGUAAUGGCAUCUUGAAUUAAUCUCUUUGGUUUGUUCUAUAACUUCCCAAAUUAAGAUGGUUUCUUCAGAGGAAGUUCCAGAUGAAGUUUCUCCCAAGGAGUUGCAGAAAAGACAGAGCCUAGAUGAUGGUACUGACACAAAACCACAGACCCAUGAUGUUGGAGGUGCUUCACAACAAGAAGGAAUCCCUGCUUCAUAUGCCCCUGGGAAAUCUUUGGAGAAUAGUGGGGGGCGAAUAUCGGAGUUAGACAAAGAAGGAAGUGUUUCUUCUAUAACACCGCGGAAGGUCUCACAUACCCCUGGCAGUGAUCUCCGUUCCUUGCAAUCUGGUCAGGAAGGAAGGACUCCUAUCAUGCGGGAAAAAGUGUCAGAGGAUGGAUAUCACUGGCGAAAAUAUGGGCAGAAAUUUGUUAAAGGAAAUGAAUUUAUACGGAGCUAUUACAAAUGUACACAUCCAAGUUGUCAAGCGAAAAAGCAGUUGGAAUGUUCACAUGAUGGGAAGCUUGCUGAUAUUGUUUACCUUGGUGAGCAUGAGCAUCCCAAACCUCAACAUAACCUCCCACAAGCUGUUGGUUGCGUCCUGUCCGUUGUUGAAGAAAAACCUGAUCAUCUUUUAUUCACUGGUGUUGAAGAAAGUCAUGAACCUCAUCCGAUUGAGUCAACAAAUACCCCUCAGAUCUCUUCUGUUACGUCCAGUGAGGAUGUGAAACGUGUGCUAUCAGAACCAAAAAGGAUAAGGGAUGAGGUUGAUGUAGAUGAUGAUCAACGCUCAAAACGACGGAAGAAAAGUAGCUGUAAUGACAGCUCUACUCCUGUAGAUACACCAACUAGUGAGCCACGUCUUGUCAUUCAAACAAAAAGUGAGGUCGAUAUUGUCAGUGAUGGGUAUCGAUGGCGUAAAUAUGGGCAGAAAUUGGUAAAAGGCAAUCCAAAUCCCAGGAGCUACUACAGGUGUUCAAGUCCUGGAUGUCCAGUAAAGAAACAUGUAGAGAGGGCAUCUCAUGACCCAAAAUUGGUUAUAACCAGUUAUGAGGGACAACAUGAUCACGAUAUGCCUCCUUCUAGGACUAUUACUCAUAACACAACUGGUCUCAACACUUGUACAACUACCAUCCAGAAUGGCGAGUUAGGUACAAAAUCAGGAGAAAGCAAUGCCAUUUCCCUUGAAAUGGUUGUGUAUAAUAGUUCAGAUUCCAACAUCAAAUUGGAGGAGAAACUGAGUUCCGAGUCAAGAAAUAAAUGGAAAGAAAGUAAUUCAGGCCAUGAAAGUAAAUCAUGUGAGCAGCAGACUGGCAACACAAAUGCCACGAAAGUAAGUGGUGCUGCUAACCUUGAUAUUGUUGUUAAUACCAAUCCUGUAUCAGCAGGUAGAUCGACUGAGCAACAUGAUGGUGAGUCAAGAAUUGAGCCAAAAGAGAACAGUGCUGCUUGUGGUGUCCAUAAUAUUACCCCAGGUCCAGAGAGUAAUCCAAAUGAACAGAACGUACUAAAUUCAGAGCCUGUCCAAAGCUAAUUGAAACAGAUUGAUUUUUAGCGGGGAGGAGGGAAACGACCUCCAGAUGUAUAAAUUACUCCUAUAGGUUAAUUUAUCAUAAAAUCUGUAGAGUUUCGCAGCAAGUAUCUAGCAUGCAACUUGUUUUGUUAACAGCAACUUUCAUCCGUUGUUUUGCUGAUUAGAUGUAAAACCAUUUGAAUUUGGUAAAGAGAAGGUGUUCCAAACUCUUACAA